CGUGCUUCUCUUUCCAAUCAUUCAACAAAUCACAUUGCUAUUUGCUCUCCAAGUCUCCAUGCUGGAAAUUGGAAUUAUUAAUAUUUAAUAAUUAUUAACAAAUAAUAAAACUCGCUAAAAGUCAAGUAAUAUAUAAAAAAUGGGUAAAAAGAAUAAAAAUAAAGAAAAAAUCAGUGGCAGUGUAAAAACAGCUAUGAAAACAGAAAAAAAAUUGAGUGCUAAACAAAAAAAAGAACUUGCUGCAAUUGGUGAGGAUGAUAUUGAAAAAAUUGUUGCACAAAUUGAAAAAGAUGAAGCUAAACGUCUCAAGGUAGUUGAAGCUGUGAUUGAUCAACCAUCAAGAAGAUUAAAUUUUACUUUAUCAGCACAUCCAUUUAAAGAUGAAUUAAUAAUGAUUGGUGGUGAAUUUUUUGAUGGACAAAAAACAACAGUUUAUGGUGAUAUGUUCUUUUAUAAUAUUAACAAAAAAACUUGGACAGUUAUGAAAGCACCUGGUGCACCACCACCAAGAUGUGGUCAUCAAACAUGUACAACAUCAAAUAACAAAGGUGAAAUUUGGGUAUUUGGUGGUGAAUUUACAAGUCCAUCACAAUCACAAUUUUAUCAUUACAAAGAUUUAUGGGUUUAUCAUAUUGUUGAUAAAAAAUGGGAAAAAAUAACAGCAACAGGUGGUCCAUCAGCACGUAGUGGACAUCGUAUGGUAUAUGGAAAAAAACAAUUAAUUGUAUUUGGUGGUUUUCAUGAUAAUUUAAGAGAUUUUAAAUACUACAAUGAUCUUCAUAUAUUUGAUAUGACAGAAUAUAAAUGGAAUAAAAUUGAUUUAACUGGUUCAAUACCAGCACCAAGAUCUGGCUGUAUUGUAUUACCAAUGAGUGAUAAUAAAAUAAUGGUUUAUGGUGGAUACAGUAAAGAACGUGUUAAAAAAGAUGUUGAUAAAGGACAAAUACAUACAGAUAUGUUUGUUAUUGCUCAAGAUAAACAUGAUAAAACUGGAUUGAAAUGGAAAUCAUUAAUGGUCAAACAAAGUGGUAUUAAAUUUCCUCCACGUUGUAGUUCAUCAGGUAUAUUAAUUAAUCAAAAUUUUGCUUAUGUAUUUGGUGGUGUUUGUGAUGAUGAUGAUGACAAUGAUGAUGAAGAACUUAAUGGAACAUUUUACAAUGAUCUAUUUGCUCUUGAUAUGGAAAAAUAUCAAUGGAAAUCAAUUAAUUUAUCUGGUAAAAAAGAUCCUUCAUUAAAAAAACGUAGAAGAAAGCAAGAUGAUGAUGAUGAUGAUGAUGAUGCUAAUGAUGAUGAAGAUAAUAAAGAAGAAAUGGAAAUUACAAAAACAGAACCUACUGUUGUAACAAGUGAUGAUGGAAUAUUUACAGUAACACUUGGUCCAGCAUUAAGUAGUACAACAAAUUCAAUAGAAGAAAAAAAAAAUAAUGUAUUUACACCAUGUCCAAGAAUAUCUUCUGGUAUGGUUGUUAAAAAUAAUAUUUUAUAUCUUUAUGGAGGAAUGUAUGAAGAUGGUGAUCGUCAAUGUACCCUUAAUGAUUUUUACAGUUUAGAUAUUCAUAAACUUGAUGAAUGGCAGACAAUUACCACUGAUGAUUUGUCAUCAGUAACUUGGCUUGAUUCUGAUUCUGAUGAUAGUGGUAGUGAUGACAGUGGUGAUACUGAUACUGAUAAUGAUAAUGAUGAUGAAGACAAAGAAGACAUGGAAGUUGAUGAUUAAAUUUUUAGUACUAUUGUUAUAAUAAAUAAUUGCCUUUUUUUUUUUUAAAUAAAUAAUA